AAUGGUUUUCACACCUGUAGUUUUGCUGUUCAACCCUUCGACCACAACACAAUAGCUUGCUUCCCAGACCCGAUGCCUUCCCCGUGGUCAAUCCUUUGUGGUCCAACAACAUUUUGUGUCAUUGUCUGCUUUCUUCCUAAUACACGAUCUGCAUUUCUAUCCAAUUUCGCAGCACAUGUCAGCGUGGGCUCAAAAUAUUAUCACCAUGAUUUUAAAGUGCCAAAUGGGACACUGUACCCUGGUGUGUGCAAUAAAAUCAAGUCAAACCAUGGCAGGGUUACCAUGCUUUUCUGUGGGGAGGUGGUUAGGUGUUCAAUGUGCAAAGGGGCGGGGGCAAUUCACCUAACAGACAUGGGUGGCAGAUGGAUUGUCUGUGAGUCGAAGGGUUAACAAUCCCAUGUGAGAGCCAGCCUAGAUUAUGACGGGAAAGUGCAGCGUCUUCUUAUCGUAAGAUAUCAGGAUGAGGCAUGUAAGUGUAAGGGUUAGUUACACCAUAACAAAUUCACUUGCCAGUGAACUGUUAGGCCAUGCUGAGCUCAGUAUGAACAACUAUAGUGUGCUCGCUCAUAGACAGACAUAAACCCACAGAGCAGGCAGUGGAGAGAAACAUCCGGGGCCACUUUGGUGUAGUCAACCAGAAUGAUUAGGGCUAUGUAAGAACUCCUAUUUGUCUUCCCAUUUUCUCAAAGUCUGGGCUGUAAUUGAAAUGUCUUGUGGUCACACUGUCAGAUAUGUAAAGUGCUCUGGCCUCAGCACAGGACCAUAGCCUGAAACCAGUUAAACUUAAUGAUCUGAAGAUCAUAAUAUCUAGGCUUGUUGAGGUUCAGUUUCUACAGCUCAUCAUGAAUUCAUCAUUUGUUGAGCCAGCCAGUUUGUCUUUCUUUAGAUUCUUAAAAUCUUUUUGUUGACCUUCACUUCCCCUGCCAAUGUGAUCUUACAUGGCCUGAGAGUUCCAGGUGUGGUGUAGAUAGGGCCUGUCUGAAGCCUGCAUGUAGAGAGAGCUCUCUGUACAAAGUUGUUGUGUAAAUAUGUUUCUAUUUUACAACUCUCUGUGAAAUAGAAAUAUGUUAUCAAGAAAAUUGUGUACCACAAUACCACAGGCCCAUACUAACUGUCCUUAAUUUCUCUCCUACAGCAGUACUGCUUUGCCAGUCCUGUACUGCACUCUGUUAAGGGUGCAGCAACUCAUCCUGUGUAGGUUAUGGGGAACACAGAGAACUAUGCACUUGUCAGUUUGGGUCAGGGUCCACUGGCUGCUUGUUUGAGGGGAAUCAGAUGCAGCCCAGCUACAACAAACCUCAACCCCCGAGAGCCUCUUAUUCUUUUUUUAUUUGCCAACCAAUUUGGAUCAAAUUCUCCACGAUGGAAAAUUACUGGCCAAAUAUCUGACGUAAUAUCUUUCCCUUAUGUUAUCAGUUACCUUUAAGCUGAAAUAGAAGUCAAGAUCUAGAUGUGUGCUGAGUGAAUAAUAAUCAGUGCUGUUAUGAGUGAGUGCCCUCCGACAUGACGUCUCAUCAUAUUUCUCAUUAUUUUUGCCUCAUUCUUAUCUUUCAAGUAGAUGCUCAUAUUUUUUAAGCUGUAGUAAUGUCAUUCAUAGAUGUAGCCUCCAAAUCUUGACUUCAUCUUGAUAUGCUAGUGUAAAUAAAUUGAAUCCAGACCACAGGGUCUCAAAUGAAUCUUUUUUUAGUUUUGUGGUUAUUCCCCAAGAAGAUGCUGUUUUUUUUUUUUUUGUUUUUUUUGUUUGCUUAGUUUUUUGAGUGCUCUAAAUCAAUGCAACCCAGGUGGUAUACUGUUGUGUGUGAGUUCAAACCCUUUUCCAAAGUGUUACUAAUGGUAAAGAGAAAUUUUCUAGGCUUCUUUUCUGCCGGUUGAAGUCUGACUGCAGAAGGACCCUUGGCACUGAAAGUGGGGCAAAACGCCGGACCCCAAGCUGCAAGUCAGGUCUUACGUGGACGUCAUGUUGGAGCAGAACCUGUCCAAGGAGGAGAGGGAGAUUCGUCUGCAGCUGGCAGAGAAGGCCAAGGCAGGGGACCUGAAAGCUGUCAACGGUUCUGCUGCCAGCCAAGCUGCCACAAAGCGGAAGCGUCGCUGGGACCAGACAGCUGACCAAACCCCCUCUAAUGCUACACCCAAAAAGAUGUCCAGCUGGGACCAGGCUGACUCCACUGCUGAGACUCCAGGACACACUCCCGCACACACGCCUUCAAACAGCCGCUGGGAUGAAACCCCUGGCCGCCCUAAAGGCAGUGAGACCCCCGGAGCCACUCCGAGUACCCGAAUGUGGGAGCCCACUCCCAGCCACACUCCUGCUGGUGCUGCCACCCCCGGCAGGGACACACCUGGCCACGCCACGCCUGGUCACGGUGGAGCAACAGGAAGCGUGCGCAAGAACCGCUGGGACGAAACCCCAAAGACAGAAAGAGAGACCCCGGGACACGGGAGUGGCUGGGCUGAGACGCCACGCACAGACAGGGGAGAUGAGUCCGUGGGGGAGACUCCAACCCCUGGGGCUAGUAAGAGGAAGUCUCGGUGGGAUGAAACCCCUGCCAGUCAGAUGGGAUCCUCAACACCACUACUCACCCCAGGAAAAACUCCCAUUGGAACACCAGCUAUGAACAUGGCUACCCCAACACCAGGUCACCUGAUGAGCAUGACUCCAGAGCAGCUGCAGGCGUGGAGGUGGGAGAGGGAAAUCGAUGAGAGGAACCGACCCCUCACAGACGAGGAGCUUGAUGCCAUGUUCCCAGAGGGAUACAAGGUCCUGCCUCCACCAGCAGGCUACGUGCCGAUCCGUACUCCGGCCCGUAAGCUGUCGGCCACCCCCACCCCUAUCGGAGGCAUGACGGGCUUCCACAUGCAGGCGGAGGACCGCACCACCAAACAGAUGAAUGACCAGCCCUCAGGGAACCUCCCCUUCCUCAAACCCGAUGACAUCCAGUAUUUCGACAAACUGCUGGUGGAGGUGGAUGAGUCCACGCUGAGUCCUGAAGAGCAGAAAGAACGGAAGAUCAUGAAGCUGCUGCUGAAGAUUAAAAAUGGAACACCCCCCAUGAGGAAGGCCGCUCUGCGUCAGAUCACAGAUAAAGCUCGAGAAUUUGGAGCGGGCCCCCUGUUCAACCAGAUCCUGCCACUACUCAUGUCGCCCACCCUGGAGGACCAGGAGCGCCAUCUGCUGGUUAAAGUCAUCGACCGCAUUCUUUACAAACUGGACGACCUGGUUCGACCAUACGUACACAAGAUCCUGGUGGUGAUUGAGCCCCUACUGAUUGAUGAGGACUACUAUGCCAGAGUGGAAGGCCGAGAAAUCAUCUCUAACUUGGCAAAGGCUGCUGGGUUAGCCACCAUGAUCUCCACAAUGCGACCUGAUAUUGACAACAUGGACGAGUACGUCAGAAACACGACUGCCCGAGCCUUCGCCGUGGUGGCCUCUGCUCUUGGUAUCCCAUCUCUCCUACCCUUUCUCAAAGCCGUGUGUAAAAGCAAGAAGUCCUGGCAGGCCCGACACACGGGCAUCAAGAUCGUGCAGCAGAUCGCCAUCCUGAUGGGCUGCGCCAUUCUGCCCCACCUCCGCAGCUUGGUGGAGAUCAUCGAACACGGUCUGGUGGAUGAGCAGCAGAAGGUGAGGACCAUCAGUGCCCUGGCUAUAGCUGCCCUCGCUGAAGCUGCUACACCCUACGGUAUCGAAUCCUUUGACUCGGUCCUCAAGCCACUGUGGAAGGGUAUCAGACAGCACAGAGGAAAGGGUCUGGCUGCUUUCCUCAAAGCUAUUGGUUACCUGAUCCCGCUGAUGGAUGCAGAGUAUGCAAAUUACUACACCAGAGAAGUGAUGUUGAUCCUCAUCAGAGAGUUCCAGUCCCCCGACGAGGAGAUGAAAAAGAUCGUACUCAAGGUGGUGAAACAGUGUUGUGGCACUGAUGGUGUGGAAGCCAACUACAUCAAAACUGAGAUCCUGCCCCCCUUCUUCAAGCACUUCUGGCAGCACAGGAUGGCCCUGGACAGACGCAACUACAGACAGUUGGUGGACACCACAGUGGAGUUGGCCAACAAAGUUGGAGCAGCAGAGAUCAUUUCUCGCAUCGUUGAUGAUCUUAAAGACGAAGCAGAACAGUACAGAAAGAUGGUGAUGGAGACCAUCGAAAAAAUCAUGGGCAACCUGGGAGCAGCUGACAUCGACCACAAGCUGGAGGAGCAGCUGAUCGACGGUAUCCUGUACGCCUUCCAGGAGCAGACCACAGAGGACUCUGUGAUGCUCAACGGCUUCGGCACCGUGGUGAACGCCCUCGGGAAGCGUGUGAAACCCUACCUGCCUCAGAUCUGUGGUACAGUGCUGUGGCGUCUGAACAACAAGUCAGCCAAGGUCCGUCAGCAGGCUGCUGACCUGAUCUCCCGCACAGCUGUGGUCAUGAAGACCUGCCAGGAGGAAAAGCUGAUGGGUCACUUGGGUGUUGUGCUGUACGAGUACCUGGGAGAGGAGUAUCCUGAGGUGCUGGGUAGCAUCCUGGGAGCACUCAAGGCCAUUGUCAAUGUUAUUGGUAUGCACAAGAUGACUCCCCCAAUCAAAGACCUGCUUCCUCGUUUGACACCCAUCCUGAAGAACAGACACGAGAAGGUGCAGGAGAACUGUAUCGACCUGGUGGGCAGGAUUGCUGACAGGGGUGCUGAAUAUGUGUCAGCCAGGGAGUGGAUGAGGAUCUGUUUUGAGCUGCUGGAGCUGUUGAAGGCUCACAAAAAAGCCAUCCGCAGAGCGACUGUCAACACGUUUGGUUAUAUCGCCAAAGCCAUCGGCCCCCACGAUGUCUUGGCCACUCUACUCAACAACCUGAAAGUCCAGGAACGUCAGAACAGAGUCUGCACGACUGUGGCCAUCGCCAUCGUGGCAGAGACCUGUUCACCGUUCACAGUGCUGCCUGCGCUCAUGAAUGAAUACCGCGUGCCUGAGCUCAACGUGCAGAACGGCGUGCUCAAGUCCCUCUCCUUCCUGUUCGAGUACAUUGGAGAGAUGGGCAAAGACUACAUCUACGCUGUCACACCGCUGCUGGAGGAUGCACUCAUGGACAGAGACCUGGUCCACAGACAGACUGCCAGUGCAGUGGUCCAGCACAUGUCUUUGGGUGUUUAUGGUUUUGGCUGCGAAGACUCCCUUAACCACUUGCUUAACUACGUGUGGCCCAACGUAUUCGAGACGUCACCUCAUGUAAUUCAGGCUGUUAUGGGGGCCCUGGAGGGGCUCAGGGUCGCCAUCGGGCCCUGCCGCAUGCUGCAGUACUGCUUGCAGGGUCUGUUCCAUCCAGCCAGGAAAGUGAGAGACGUCUACUGGAAGAUUUACAACUCCAUCUACAUUGGCUCACAGGACGCACUCAUCGCCCACUACCCAGAAGUCUACAACGACGAGAAAAACACAUAUGUCCGCUACGAGCUGGACUACGUCUUGUAAAUACAGAUGUAUGUGCUCUUUGCUUUUCCUCCCUAAACUGUCACCUUCCAUCGUCGUCUGUAUCUCGGUGUAGGACCGAGUUGGUUUUUAUUUUAGAAACUGUCGGUCUGGUGGUGAGACAGUCUAAUGCGGGUACAGACAGCUAUUUUUGAUGCCGCCUGUUGACCCUGAAUUGAUAAUGAGCAUGAAGUUAGGAGAAAUGAAAGAAGAAACUGUAGAGUCUGUAUGUAUUUUUUUAAUUUUUUUGUUUUCUUUUGAGUGUUCCUUUGUAAGAAUGGCCGAGGUCAGACGAGCCUUGAUUAAAGAAUGCAGAGCAGUCGUCACAAAGUUUUAAAUAUUUGGACUAUGUUUUGUUUGUGUGUAUUGAUAGACCUCUGUACACACCCUCUCCUCAUUUCACACCUCUGUUCUUACUAGAUGGUUGCUUAAUUUAACCAAAUAAAAUGUUUGUGUAUAAAAUUCAA